UUUAAUAAAACAAUAAGAAAGUCAUGUGGAACUCCUCCUUUCUGCCCCUCACAUAAACACGUAAAAUGGCACCCAAAAUCCCCUAGAUAACGCUGUGCGGAAACACUUAGUGAAAGCGUUGUGAAAACACACAAAAAACAAGAGAAAAAAAGGCGAACGAGAUAAGAAACAAAAUACAAAGAAUCCAAGUUGUCGUCAGCAGAAGCAGCAGCAGCAGCUACUGGGAGAAUGGUUUAGUCUAAGGGCCUAGACGCAAGUUGAACUUGGCAAAAGAUUAAGCACCGAUUAAUCACCGCGCAGAUCCGGAGCCAGCGCCAGAUCAGGAUCCAGUGCACUACCAUGUCCUCGGCCGUCAACAUACAGAUCGUGUCGAUGCCUAAUCUGGCGAAAAUCGAGAACUUCCUAAAGGAUGUCAGCUACCGGGAGACGAUCGAGUACAGUGCCAAUUUCAACACACGCCUGUGCAUCGAACGGCGACUGCGGCUGCCCUUCCUUGAUCCGCAAACGGGCGUAGCCCAGAACCACUCACAAUUGUUCAUGGACAAGCGGCAGCGGAUGCCAGGCUUUCGGCAGGGACAAAUCUACACGUAUCCGGCGGCCAGGUGGCGAAAGAGUCGCCGCCAAUACUUGACCAAGAUGUACAGUCGGUUUCCCGAGCGACCCUUCCAGGCGCUGCGCAAGGAGCACGAAGCGCUAGUAGCCAGCGGCGUUAAUCUCGGCAUCGGCCUGAGCAGCCUAGGCGGCGGCAGCAGCUCCUCCUCCCUCAGUCUCAAUAUGCUGACAGGGGCGGGUACAACGACGCCCUCAGUCCUGGCUGCACUGCACAGCGAUACCACGCACGACUUCAAUGGAGCCUUCAGCCUGGAGGAGUCCAGCUCCCUGGGUGCGGCCGGUGGCGACACCUCCGAUAGCAAGGAUAGCCAGCAGCAGCACCACCACCAACAGCAGCACCAUCAGCAGCAGUUAACACAGUGCAAGGAUGAUCUGCCCAAGGAAUGGUUCUACGAUGACAUGGACAUGAACGAUGUCGACUCGCUGGAAGAGCCAAAGUCGCCGGCAGACGACGAGUACGACUACGAUCCGCGCUAUGGCAACAAGAAGAGGCGCAAGCGUCGUCCCGGCAAGCGGGGUACAUCCAAUGCGGCUAUCGGUGACGGUGGGGGUGGCGGCGGCGGUGGCUCCAGCGGCGGCUCUAGCGCCCGACGACGCAGUGCCGUGAUGCGUACCCGCAUUACCACCACAGAUGCCGCCCUGGAUGCUUCCCUGGAGGCCAUUGAGUUAGGCGACAGUGUCCCUGGAAGCAAUGGCGGCGGUUGCGGUGGCAGCGGCGGAGGCACGCCCACUUCCAGCAGCGGCAUCGGAAAUAACGGCGGUGGAAGUGGGGGCAGUGGCGCUGGCGGUGGCGCCGGUGGCCGACGCUCUCGGGGAAUGGGCACACGCGGCCGGCGACGGACCAAAGGAGUCGGUGGAUCCUCCAUGGGCGGCUCGGGCUCUGGCCUGCCCCACAGUUCAUGUGAUCCGCACAUCCCGGGCAUGAUCAUUGAGCCGCCUUCCUUUGAGAGUGCCGCUGCGGCAGUGGGCGUCGGCGGCGUCGUCGAGGACGGGAAUGCGCAUUUGCGCAACUAUCGCAAAUAUCUGUAACAAAUGAACGAAUGAUGAUCAAUAAGAGUUCUCCCAUGCUUAGUUCCCCAUCCUCACUCCUACCCCCAAUCCGCAUUCUUCCUCCCAGCUCUUCAACCAAACUAUUUUUGUAUUUGUAACACGUUGAUGUAUCUGUUUUCUGCAUUGUUUUCUAUAUCGAUAUUUCGCAUAAUCUACAUAUUUUUUUCGCACCUAAUUUAAAUCUAGUUUAAGCCUGUAGCUUAUUAGUUCCUUAUGGGAUCGGAUGAGAUGAGUUUCUCUUAACAAGAAACACGUACCCAAACCCAAACUCAAAUCAAAUGCAAAUGGACCAGGACCAGAGACAGAGACAGGCCGUAGCAAAUACAAUUCCAAUGUGUCGUCGUCUCUUAUGACUUUACUUCCCCAUAGCCAAUUGACUGUUUG